GUAGCACAACCAUUUAAGGCUAUGAAACUCUAAAUACAAAUUUGUACCUUUACUUUUACCUUUACAAAAGUUGUCAGGUUUUUAUAAUUUAACCGAACAACAAAAUCAAAAUUGUUAAAUAUUCUCAAUGACCCGAAUUUUAGUCUCCACCAUGGCCAACAGUGUAUUUCUCACCAAAGUUCUUGUUCCACGCCACCUAAAGCCACUUGCGCCGUUAUUAAGUAAUUAUAGUUUAACCAAGAGUAAAAAUCCCUUUAUCUUCACGGAUAUAACAUUUCUGAGAAGCUCAGAAGCCCCAAAAGCAAGCAAGAUUAAAACCAACUGGCGACAAUUAUCCGAUAAGCUCUUUCAAAAGGGAAAAGGCGAUGAGCACAACUAUUUCCUAAGAAUUAGAAGGGAACAAUUUCUCAAGCUCAAAGAGCGCAAGAUCAAGGAAAUCGUGGCUGAUCUUCGGGCCUUGGAGGCUGAAGUCAGGGAAAUGGACCACAAGACCAGUCUCCGGGCGGAGACGGUAAGACAGAAUCUGAUGGUGGAAAUUCGAGAACUAAAGGCCUUGCUGGAGAAGUUCAAAAAGAGUCUGUGAAAAAGAGAACUACAAAAUAUAGCCGGCACAUCAUCUUCAACCAUUAAUAGUGAAACGUGAAUAUACAAAGACAUGCCGAAGUUGGUGGGAAAUCUGAUGCAGGUAUUGAUACGCAAAUCAAAGGCGUUUUUCCAAGGCAAUCA